AUGCUGGCCUUACAGAAUAAAAAAAACAAGAAAAAACAUCUGAAAACAAAGAAGGAAAGAAACUCUACCAUAGCAAGCCAUCAGAGAAGAGCAAGAGGAAGACUUCAUGAUUUUUCCCCAGCUUCCAGCUCAAUGAUACUCCAGAAGAGUGCAGCCAAGGACACAGGGUCCGCUCUCCCCACAGAUGCCAGCCAGAGGGCUAUCUUCCCACGAAGGGCAGGGCUUGCGUAUUUCUUAUCCUGUCUCCAGCUGCCUGUUGUUGAAGCGAAGUUCCAGGUUUGUGAAAAAGGACAUUUAGUUCAAAGACACAAAGAAUCAAAUUCUGAUGUGACAGAUCUGCAGUACAACUUAAAAAGCAAUAUGAAAGAACGUCCAUCUUUCCAAAGCAAGAAGCCUGGAGUAAACUGGACAGAUGAUGAAAAAAGAAUCUACAGGGAUAAAAAAAAAAAAAUAGCUGAAACUCAAGAAAUAUUACAGUAUUUGCUCCCCAUCAUGAAAAGCACUAAAAAUGUACAAACUACUCAAAGAAAACAGAUACUCAAUCCAAGAACCAACUUUCAAAUCCAACAUAAACUAAACCCAUCUACUUACAUAAAUAUAAAGAAAUACAGCACAUCUUGGACACCACCAAGAACUGCCCCUUUGAUAAGCCAAAGGACUCUUAUGGUAAGCGCCUCAGAACGUCUCCAGCCUGUGUCCCAGAAGUCAUUUGAAAGUUUGUCACCUCUCAAAGGGCCCAAGAAGAGGAAAAAACAUUCUCGAGUCAAGGCCACAAAGACUAAAUACAUGAAACCUGUCAGCAGCAAAUGGGAGACUACUCCCUCAAGUUCUGAGAAGGAUGCAGACAAGAGUCUGCAAGCUGAAGAAUCCAACCAGCAAGACUCUAUGCAAACAGCCCCCCAUCCAACUAAAAAUAAGGGAGAGCAACCAGAAAAGAAGGAUGGACAACCCACCUUUCGUUUGAAAUUGCAAAAGGACAAAUAAUCUAGCUUUACGCUGCUUUUUGAAAACUGUGGAUGAAAGAUAACAUAUGCUUACACAGUAAAAAAUGAAAA